AUGUCCAAGCGCGGAAAUGGUUCUGGCUGUACCGAUGCUUCUGCGAACUCCAUAGAUGCAGCAGAAUUUCUUGCCAAGGCCAAGCAGCGAGCUGCACUUUUGAAAGCAACGAAGCGGCAAGCCCCGGCAACACCAGCAAAUGCGGGCAAAGCUACGAACCAAAGCAAGAAAAGCCCAGCCACGAGCACAGCAACCCCCAGCCUAGCCGAAUCCGGAGUGUCUUUGUCUGUUAAAUCGACUCCUGUCAAGUCCCCGGACAUGAAGAAGCCCAAGAUUUCAGUGGCGGAGCCCAAACGACGUGUGUCGGGAAAGUCCCCGGCUCCCACGGUCCCGACCGACAACAGGAUUGCCCGGAAGCCGCCUAUCCCUGGGACGCCGGACCGUGCUCCGAGAAGGAGCUGGAGCUUUGCUGAUACGGGGUCGCAGCCACCGCCUUCAGCGACCCCGACUUCGCGAUGCAAGGGCACACCAGCAAAGUCGCCGGAGCCCAUGUCGGUGGAGAAGUUGCAUGAUGGCACGGCCGAGUAUGCGACCCAGAGUUGGCAGGCGACACAGAGCUGGCAGGAGCCCUGGUCUUGGUCAGGGUGGAGCGAUGCAUCUUGGGGCUGGGGCCGCUCAGCCUGGUGGGACCAUGGCUACGGCUGUGGCAAUGCCGCAUGGGGCCGGGGAUGGAGCGAUGUUAGUCAGACUUCGGAACCAAGCCCCUCCAAAAGCUUCGACCCUUCUGAAGUGAAGGGACUACUUCGACGACCGGCCACAACGGAGGAGGAGCUGGAUCGAGAGGCGAAAUUGAUCCAGCCGCCGGAUGAUUGCAAGAAAGACCUUGACAAGGAGCUCCGAACCCUCGACACGCAGACGACCUUGCAGUUGCCAGGUGGCCGCACCCAGAGCGCCCUAGAGCUGGACGAGGCAACGAUUCCGUUGGAGAUGGCGACGGUUCCAGAGACACAGCCGGAUGGCGAGCAGGCAUCGAAUCCCGGGCCCGUCGAGACACAGCAGCAGGCCGGCUUGCAGGCAGCGAUUCCCGUGGAGACGCAAAUGCAGGCAGCGAUUCCCAUGGACACACAGCAGGCAGUGGAGACACAGGAGCAAGUGCAGCCUGUGAUUCCCGUGGAGAGUACACAGCAGGCAGCGAUUCCCGAGCAGACACAGCAGGCAGUGGAGACACAGGAGCAAGUGCAGGCAGCGAUUCCCGUGGAAACACAGCAGCAGGGCUUGCAGGCAGCGAUUCCCGUGGAAACACAGCAGCAGGGCUUGCAGGCAGCGAUUCCCAUGGAAACACAGCAGCAGGGCUUGCAGGCAGCGAUUCCCAUGGAAACACAGCAGCAGGGCUUGCAGGCAGCGAUUGACCCGGAGACAAAGCUCCCGCAGGCCCAGAAUCCGGAUCCGGUGAAUGUGAAGCAGCCUACGCAGCAGCCGGACCCUGUGGUGAGGGAGCUGGAAAUCCAUUUGAAUAAUGUAGCAACACCCCAGAAGAGCCUGAAACCGCCUCCAUCGCCUAGAAAGCCGGCCACUAGUCCGUCCAAGCCGAGUCCCACGGGUUCCGACAGUUCGUGGCGGUUCGAUAAGCAUGGGCAGCAGCUAUCAGCCGGUCCGAAGGCCCCAGAUGCUGUCAAGGAGGAGUUCAAGAAAGCGGACACCAGCUCCAACCGGACCCAGAAAUUCCAUGACAUGUACCUCCAGUUCAUCAGCGCCAAGGGCAAUUGGAGCAACAGCACCAUCGUCCUGCGAGUCAGGAAAAGCCAGAAGGGUAUCAAGGACGUCGUCUAUUUGUGGAAAACAUACAAGGACCUAGUGAAAGAACUAGGCCAAGAGUUGGCCGACGACCUGGCCAAACGUGCACGUGAAGCAGAUCCUACGUUUAGUGGCAAAGCCUGCCGUCUUCAUCCGCAGUUCCCGAAGCGCGAGGACAUGCAGCUCUUCAAGUCCUUUGCCUACAUCAAAGACAAGAAGAGGGACGAGAAGGAGACAAUGGCUGAGAUCGACAUGCAAGCCGACAAUGUCGAUGAAGAUGACUUGAUGAAUGCAUUGGAUGACGCAUUGCCGAGUGACGACGGGGAGGAUGGCGCCGGCGACCACAAACCGCCGAAGACAAAGAAAGACCCCCAGCCCAAAAAGGAGAAGAGUUGGCGAGACAAGGGCGCUGCUGCGGACAAGAAGGCCAACCAAGACCUGGUCGAGUAUCGGGGGUUUGCAGGCGUGCUGGAUGACGCCAAGACGGCUGCCAACAUGAAGAAGGCGAUCCUCGACGACAUUGCACCUGCCGCUGCAGUUCUGCGGAAAUGCAAGGACGCUGUGGCAACAGGCAUUGGCACGAAAAUGUCCGAGGACAAGAUCAAGCCUCUGGUAGAGGCGUUGCUUGCUGCCCUCCAAGACUUCAAAGCUGUCUCGGAGCCUGUCCGAUCUGCUGAGCGGAAAUCCUCUAAGGAUGCAAAGCCGAAAACCAGUGCUAAAAAGGCUGCGAAGAAGCCACAGAAGUAG